GUUCUGAAGAAAUUGGCGGCCUGAUUGAGUUCUCCGAACGAGAUAUCGCGAUGCAUACAAUUUGAAAGUACUUAUUGCGUGAGAACGUGCUUUUACGUGAAUUGAUCUUUUAUUUGACAUGUUAGUUGGGUAAAUCAUGACCACCCCAGCUCUUGGACUGAGUAAAAGACCAAGCUUAACUCAAGAUCGAGAGAAACUCCAGAAAGACCAGGUAAAAUCUCAACUCGAAAGAAAAAUAUAUUGGUUUUUUAUCGAAAGUAAUUCCAUUUGGGAGGCACGGUAGUAUAGUGAAAUAUUGACUUAUAACUGAAAAAAUCUCUUAUGUUUCUUUAACCGUUUUACCAACCAAAUUUUACUCGAAAAGUUUCGUUCGUAGCGAUGUGAGGAAGUCAUUCGUAAAAUUAGCCUCGUACAAAAACAAUGCAGAAUGAAUGAUUUCCUCUUCAAAAUUAAUUUAAGUAAAAUGACGGGCUUUAGAUUGUAACGAGAUAUACAUUCAGUGUAAUUCAAGUGUUGCACGUGGCUCUUUUAUUUUUUUGAAAGCUAAAUGUUCACAGCAGACUGAACAGUUAACAGAAUUGACGCUCGCCAUUGAGUUGAGACUUAAGUGGGAACGGUGACGUUUGUAAAAAGCUGUCAAGUUCCUAUCGCAUUUGUAAACAUUUGUGCAGUCAUCGCCUUUUGAUUGAGGGCAUAAAGAAACAUGUCGAACUCAUUAAACAUGAAAAACUGAAAUAAUCUGACGCUAUUUAUAACACGCAAAGAACCUUCACUACAAACAUCUCCGAAGGAAUUAGAGUAAUCAUAGUAUGGAAAACUUCACCGAAAAAACCUACGCUCUUAGUUUGCAGAUAUUGCCCUUGACUCAGUUAAACAGGCAUCAAUUUAUUUGCAGAUUUGGAGCUUUUCAAUGAAGCUACAUGUAGCUGGUGUCUUGCCAAAAACUCUGAGGGUCUUUUCACAGCUUUUACUUAAUUUAACUGAUGAGAUGAGGUCAAGUAGGAAUUAGUAUUUAUUGUGACUCAAGUCACCUGAUUAGGGGUUAAAUUUGUUAAAUGAAAAGUGUUCCUGGAUACCAUGGGUCCUGAGAGUGCAGGGUUGAGAGAUAAAUUUUUAGUCUAGAGUUUUGUGGCUUUUUAGAACUCUGGAACAAAAAUUUAUUUUCAAGAUUAGCACUCUUAAUCCCCACAUUAUCAAUGAAAGCUUCUAAUCCAAUAAUUAAUUCUUGUAUUUUUUAUGUUACUAUGUUCUCACCAAUAGUGUUGGUCCAUUUUUCUCUAUAUAAAUCACUAUUAAUCCAUAAUUCCUCUGUUUCCUCUGAUGUAGGACUAACACUUGAAACAUCUGCCACAAGAACUCUUUAGGGUGGCCAAAUGAUACUAUCAACUCAGUUGCAAUAAAACCAAAGUGUUUUAUAAGUUUAGGUAGAAAGACUUACUGGUUGCAAGUCUUAUCACUUAGGGGUUAUUAGUUUCCCAAUCCUUAAGUUCUACAAUAAAUUUUUGUCACUUGUUUUGCCUAUGCAGCAAGAAGCUAUAGGAAAAGCUGUCAACAACAUUGAAUCUGCAGUCAAAGAGAAACACAUCAGAAAUAUCCUUUUAAUGAACAAAAAUGAGGUUUAGAUCAAAGGGGAUUAACUGGAUCAAUAAAUGCUUAAUAAAUACCUCUACUAACUGAGUUCAAGGUAGGUACUUUUAGUUAUGAACCAACUUUUUUUCUGCUCAGAUCUAUGGCCUAAGUGCAUUAGCUACAGUACUGUACAUCUAGUCUGUAAAUUAUCAUGUUGUGAGAUAUAAAUGAAAAAAUGGAUUCAAGACAAACAGAGUUUAAAGAUAAAAUGGUUUUCAUGUUCCUUCAUUUUGAAAGCUAUGGACACCUGCAAUAACUCACAUACCACUCACCUAAACAUGAAACCCCAUCCACUAGUUUAAUUUCUAUCAAUAGAUAGGUUUUCCACUUUACUACCUACUGGAUAUUGAUUGAUCCAUUGUUUAGCAUUAUCCACCUUAUAAAUACCUUGGACUGGGAAAGUGUUAAAAAAAUUUCUUAACCUUGUUUAAGUGCAAUUAUUGGAACAUGGCACGAGAAAGGAGCCUCUAUUUUUUGGAACUCAUUGGGAAGGAUGCCCCUCCCAUCCCAAGUUAUAAUGUGUUGGAAGGCAAUGCUGGUGAUACACAAACUGUUAAGAGAAGGACACCCAAAUGUAGGUAUUGCACAGCCUUGUGUACAUGUUACAGGAUGCCGAUCAUAAAAAAGAUUGUGCAUUUAUUACUAAAACUGUCAUGUUACAGAAAGUGCUGGUGUUCGUUGUGGUUUUAUAGAUAAAUGAGCGUUAAAUUGUUUGUCUCAGAUUGUAGAAUCAGGCCAUCAAAUGUAUAGAUAGGGACAUUUUGACUUUGUUGCCUGAAGAAGACUAGCAGUAUCGCCAUCAAAACACAGUGAACAGUACACGAUUGCUUAGCCUGACACAAGAUUGUGAAAAAAAUAAUUAAACAUUCAUUUAUCUUAAACUGCGAUAUUUUACAAGCCUAAUUUAACAUUGUUUGAUAAUUAUACACUUGAGAGAGUGGUUAGUCAGCAAUCAUGCAUGUUUAUGUGUUGAUUUAAAUGCUCAAAGAGAAAUUCUGUAUCUCCACCUUCCCUUAUAUUUAUUUCCUUGCUUGAAAGAUUUAAAGAUAAUUAUAAUUUUAAUUAUGCAUUCAUUUUUUGCAAACAGGCUUUGAAGGAAUCCCUUAAAUACAAGCAGAUGCUGAAGGACAUGAGAGAUUUUUGGGUACUUUUGUUAACAAUUUUCAUGACACCUUAUCUAGAUUUAAUUUUGCUAUCAUGAAAAUCUUGUAAAAACUUAGUCACAACCACAAAAUGAUCAAAGUUUUUUGGUAACAACUUGAGUCUUUUUUACAACUGUGGCUCAUCCAUAAUGAUCAGAUUCAGUUCACUCUAAACUCUUUGAAGCAUAAUUUGGGAUCUAUGAAAUGUUUCAGGGCUAGUAGUCACAGUUAACCAACUGAGUCUCAAAUUUUGAUGGAUCUACUGUGAUUUGAAAAUUUUUAACGUAGAAUUAUUUUAAGAAUAUUUAAAAAUUAUGUUUUUUGACUUCAAUUGUCUCAACAACAGUGCUUAACUUACACAUGAGGUAUAAAAGGUGCCAAAAAGAUAACAAUGGGACAAAAAAGAAACCUUCACCUUUUCACUCUCAGGAGUGACCAAGACAGAAUUUCUCCUUACAAUAUCAACACAAUAUCAAGCGGACAAGUGAUGAGAAUUAAGAAAAAUAUCAGUUAGGGGAUUAUUAGUCGAUCCAAUACCAACUCUCCAAACUAACAUGGUUAUAAGAAUUGAAUGGCAGAAAGUGAGGAGAAUUACUAAUAAGAUCUUGGGGGUAGGGUUAUUUAAGAUAAAUGAGUGUGACUUGAUACUCUUCAAAAUUAAUAGAAAAUGUCUUCAUGAAUUUCUUACACAGAAACAUUCAACAAAGGGUGGAUAUGGCUGGUUAAUUCACAGUUACCUUGCAAUUUUGAUAGCAAAACUGGAGUUCCAUCAGAAGGUUAAAUCUUAUAUUUUUAAAUAUUGUAUUAGUGUCACACAGAGUUAAAAAACAGGUUUUUCAGUUGUCUGUGACAAGGAGAUUUGUUUUUUUUAGUCCUGUUUGAACAUUAGAAGUGUGAAAGUGUGGUUGUACGUCUUUUAGUUUGGCUGAGUGGUUAAAGUGCUGGACUUGUAAUUCUCUGGAUUUGUUCUCAGUUGUCAAGGGUUCAACUCCUUGGCUGCACUUUGUAUGUGGCAAACUGGUCUGCCUCCUGCCAUUUUGGAUUUUUUAACGCUAUGUUUAUUUACAAUGUUUGUUUCCAAUUUGAUUGUAUUGGUACUGUAAAGCCCCAUUGGGGUAGUGUAAAUUUAAUUUUUUGAAUUUAUAUGCAUUAUGCAUAGAUGCAUACUUUUCAGUCACCCCCAGUGUCUGAAAGAGCAUGAAAUUUUGAGUAAUGCUCUCAGCCUAAUCUUGAGAGCAAAUCAAACUUUCAAAUGUUUUUGGUAGUUUGAUUGUAGGGUUGCCUUGUAACACAGCAGCACUUUACAGUUCAUUAUAAAUUACUAUCAUGUGAUUGCAUUUUUGUAGAAUGAAGCUGUCCCUGGUACACUUCGAAAUAGUGAUGGUGGACCACUUGUCUACACUGGGACAGAUGUAAAUGCUUAGUAAGUGCAUAAUUAUAAUGGAUUUUUCAUGAAAGAUUUUGUUGAACAAUUUUCAAUCAUGAAAUAUGCAUUUGUUGAGUGGCUGGUACCCCUGACUCCUGGUUAAGUGGCUUAGGUUUGAGUCCCGUAAGGGUUCUUUGUGUUGUGUUCCUAGGUAAGAUACCUUCAGGUUUUGUAUGGGUCCUGGAAAAUCUGGAAAGUCCUGGAAAUCUACUUUACUCAAACAAGCAAUGAAGUUUUUAGAGUUUACAUUAUGAGAAAUUUAUGUAGACCUUAAGGAGAACUGACUUUGAAGUCUUGGGAAUGAAAGGGCAUAAGGUAAAAUUUGAAGUCCUGGAAAAAAACAAUCUUGAGUCCUGGAAAAGUCCUUUGAAAUUUUUUCUGAAAAAGGGUACAAACCUUGUACUCUGCCUUGAUCAAAAGCAUAACUCAUUCUACUCAGCAGUAUGAAGGGGUAUUUGUAAACUGUUAGGAAAAUCUGACAAAAUGUUGGGCAGGGGAGGAAGAAGAGGAGGAGAAGGAGAAGGAGAAAGAGAAGGAAAGAAUUAACCAAUGAUUGAGAUAGACCCCAGCCAGAGAAGUGGUACUCUGAGUCCUCUCAUUGUAUGCAAAUUUGAAUGAGCUCUGUUGUUCUGCUGGCCACAAAGAUGCAGAACAUAUUUUAUCUGUAAUAUUCAAAUCAGAAAUGAUCAUCUAUUUUGUAGAGUAACUGAAAUUUGGAUAAAUCUUUUCUGUUUACUUUAAUUUACUUUUAGUUUUGAGUUGUCAAUAGACAUCUUUGAUUAUAUGGACACAUUAGUGGAUAUUGAGAAAAAAAGUAAGUCAUCUUAUUUUCAAUGGCAUCGUCAUACAUGUAAAUGAAUUCUUCAUUUUCUAGAGGUCUUCUUGCAAUAUAACACAUUUUGUAAUUCAUCAUUAUUUACUAACAGCAGGGAUGUAGAUAAAGUUUUUAACAGGUAGGAAUCUUGCAAUGAUAGGCGGGUAUUUGGGCCAAAGGCCCACUCUAGCAUGCCUUUGGCAUGCUAUAUCUAGAUUUGAAGGUGUAAACAAAUGAAAUAAAUAAAAAACAAUCUUCUGACAACAUUUAAAAACAUUUUGGAGAAAGAAGUAGUGCUUCACAGCCAGAAAAAUUGCGUUCACAGCCGGGUAAUUUCCCGGCUUCCUGUUUUUAUCUACAUCCCUGAAUAGGUAAAGUAGGUAAACUGACUUAUACAGUGAGUUGUAAUUCUAUUUAGUAUUAUUUAGUGCUCACCUGAUUAAGUGGUUUGAGUAACAAAAGAAGCAAACACAAACAGGAAAAAAGUUUCCCUGAUUGUAAGCUGUAAUAUAAGGAGUUUCUCAAGCUGACAUUUCAAGCAUUAGCUCUUCAUGCUUUGCUCUGAUGAAGGGUAAAUGCUUGAAACAUCAGCUUUAGAAACUUUCUGAGGUGGCCAAUUUACAUUUAAUUAACCCUUUAACUCCCAGGAGUGAUUAACAUGUAACUUCUCCUUAUAAUAUCCAUUCCUUAUCCAGCAAAGAGAUAAGGAGAAAUGUCAAACUUAUCAGGUACUGGUUGUUGUCUUGAUCUAACACCAAAUUUUCGUAACUAAGUUACAGGGAAAUGUGUAGCAGCUAGAGGGGAGAAUUAACAAUCAGAUCUUGGGAGUUAAAGGGUUAAGUCAGUCAAGAGAGAACCAAAUUAUCUUGUGAUCCCCCUAUUGAUUCAGUAACACAAUUUCUUCAGAAAUUUACCCUCUUUAUUAUAAUUCUGUGUAAGAAAGAGCGUGACCAACAUUACACAAGGUGCUUCUUUAAGAAAGCAUAGCCCUCUUGUUAUUUAUGGCCUCUGAUUUGUUGUCUUUCCUUUGUUGAUGUUGUUGUCUUUACUUUUCAGUCUUCAGCACUCUUGAUCCAUUCCGUGCUAAUUCUCAACUUCAGGCUGUGCAGUGUAGGAUUUGUCCAUUCCCUGUUGUCAUUCAGGUAAAUAAUGUAAAUACAGACUGGAAAUGGCUGGAACCUAAGAGUAAGAGUUGAUGGUGUAGUCUAAUUUUUUGUUCAGUGAUUGACUUUGCUUAAGAGAUUAUUUGAUGGUAUUGUCCCAUUUUUCAAUUGUCAGGAGUGUGGUGGCCUUUAUGACAUUGUGGUGGAUUUAAUGUAUAAACUACAUGCAAGUAAGUUGUGUCAAUUUAUCUCUGAUCUGUUGUUCUUUUCCCAGUUUAGUACUGCUGUAGAUUUGAUUAAUUAUCUGCAACAUAUUUAUGUUAUAAGGGUUUAUUUUUAAUCAUGUUUGGCCAGAAGAUUACACUACCUUGUGUGCAAUGAAAUUCUAGGCUUAGGAUAUUCACUAUACUCUGUACUCAGGUUAUUCACUGAUAUUGUUGUGAGACUUAACCCUUUGGCUCCAAAGAGUGACUAGCAUCUAAUUUCUCCUUACAAUAUCACCCCCAAAUCACACAUUAAUGUAUUGACAAUAAAGGAAAUGGUCACCAAGUAAAGAAGCUCUGGAUUAUGAAACAAAUUCUCCUCAUCAGCACCUUAGGGAAUAUAUAGGGAACAGUAUCGAGAAUAUGCAUACUGAUGUUAGGGUGGGAAGGGUUAAUACCUAUCAGUGAUGGGUAAAUAGGUAAAUAGGUAAAUGGGGUGAAGUGACAGGGAGAAAACUUUCAUCACUUAGAGUUUCAAACUGAUCAAGCUUUAAGGUGUGAAGUUGGUUUGAAGUUCCAAGUGUGAUUAUCCUUGAAUUAUAAAACACAAACUCUCACCAUGAAAAAGUUGUGUCAAUAACUGAGUACAAGAAACUCGCAUACUAAGAACAUGAUGUGGUGGUAUUUAGUGUGUGAUAAUUUGUUUUUUCUUAUUUUGAUAAUUGUUACUUUUAGACUUACCAGCAGACACUCUGACUGGCCACAGAGAGAGGUUUUACUCUCACUUUGCUGAGUAGGUGUUCUAUGUCAUAUUCUAUUCUUUAUGUACUACAUGUAUAAUUUCUAUUCUAUUAUUGUCCAACCCUUUAACUCCUAGAAGUGAUUAACAUGUAACUUCUCCCUACGAUAUUCAUACAUUAUCCCACAAAUGGGUAAUGAGAAUACUCAAACUUAUCAGGUAGAAGUUGUUACCUUGACUCAACACCAAAUUCUUAUAACUAAUUUACUAGGGAAUAUUUAGCAGCUAGAGGGGAGAAUUGAAAAUCAGUUCUGGGAGGUAAAGGGUUAAAAUAAUUUUUUUUUCAUUAUCCAACCAGUUUCUUACUUAUAACUUUUUUAACCAUAUUUAAUAGUUCCUGGGAAAGUUACUGAUGUGCAUAUUAAUUUGCCAGUUUUAUUAGGUUAAUUGCAAUGUUUGUACAAUUAUUUUUGUUUAACUUGUAGAUUGAAGAAAUUCUUCUUUGAUGCUGGAAACAUGGCUUAUGUAAAAGCUUUGGUUCCUAUUCCAGUGCUACCUCAGGUUUGACAAGUAUUUUCUUUUAUGUUGUUUGUCCUAUAGGAAGCAACUGUCACUUUGAAUAAUCGGUAGAAAUUUCCAAGCCUGUGUUCCUUGUCAGAUUUAAGGCUUGGUAUGUAAGCAGACUCAUUAGGAUAUUAUCAAAGGGCAGCAAAAUUUAAGAUCAUAACUUUUCAAACAUUACUGACAUUAAUCCUCUCAUUCCACUCACCCCACCCCCCUCCUGCAAGCUAAAUUUUGAUUCUUUCCCCUGUCUCCCAAAUAUUUCUCAUGAGGUGAGCCCUGAGAAUAUUUUUGAUUUUUCUUACAAUUUACUUAAUUAUUGUAUUUCCUCUUUAAUCUUUUAACCCUUUCACUCUCAAGAUCUCUUCAGUAAUUCUCUUUUAUUACUGUCUGCUAUACAAUUUUCAUGAUGUUAGUUCAGAGAAUUUGGUAUUCUGUCAACUAAUAGUCCCCUUAGUUAUAUUUUUCUCUAUUCUUGUCACUUGUCUGGAUUGAUAUUUUACAGAGAAAUUCUGUCUUGAUUGCUCAUGGGGUUCAAGGCCUAAUAGGGUCUUGGUCACCUCUUGGAGUAAUAGGGCCUUUUGGUCACCUCUUGGAGUAAAAGGGUUCACAGAAUUUGCCCUGAACUUUGUUUCAUUCCACAGAAUCCUCCCUCUUUCACAUUAUCUGAUCCCAAGCCAACUUUGGUGAGAUCCACUAGUGAGGAAAUGCCAAGGCGUAAGUCAACUCCAGCUGAAGAUUUCAAGCGCCAGAGCCUAAUGGAGCCACUUAAUAUACCUGUUACAAUGGAGCCAUUACUUCAGACAACUCCUCAGGUAAACAAGUAUUCAGUCUGCAUUCACUCUUAUAGGAAGAUUUUAACCAUUUAACUCCUAAGAUCUGAUUGUUUAUUCUCCCCUCUAGCUGCUAUAUUUCCUUGGAAAGUAGUUAUGCAAAUUUGGCUUAGAUAACAACUUCUCCCUGAUAAGUUUAAGUAUUCUCAUUACCUGUUUGCUGGAUACCAGUAAUGUAUGGAUAUUAUUGGGAGAAGUUGAAUGUUGAUCAUGCAAGUGCUUCAUAGACUCAGUAAAGGAGCACACUCACUGUUUCAUAUCUUUUGACUUUAUAUCUGUGCCUAUUUUGUGUACAAAUAGGCACUUAUUCAUUGAGCAAGGAAUGGAGCUUUAUAGCCAAUCUAGUUGAAUUUCACCUCUUAAUAUUUACAGAGUGAAAUAUCUAUUUUCAUUCACUGUCAUAGACUCAUGUCUUCUUUGUUUCAUGACAUACCAGUUGAUAAUGUUAAAAACUGUUGUAAUUCUUUUGCUGAAAAUAGUGUGCUCAUGCAAUUGCUGAUCAAGAAAUCUUUUCAUUGACCAUAUUAUGAAGAGCAUAAUUUUUUCUUGUAGACUCCAGAAGCUAAUAUGUUAGGAAUUGACGCUUCAAAUGGCCCUGCACCUGACAACAGGUUUGUUUCUACUUUUAAAAUCUCAUUCAACUAUGUGUUUUAUAAUUAGAAGGUUUGUACUGAGUCAAAAAUUUGCAAGAAAUUUUGGAAAUUUACUACCAUGAUCUCUUUUCAAGUUUGGGUUUUAUUCUUCCUUUUCUUUAUGUCAUUAUCUUACUCUGAAAUGAAUAGAGUGAUAAAAAUCGACCUGUGUUGAAAACUUAUAAAGCAAAGAAAAACUUUGAAAAGAUCACAUGCAUUAUGGUUACUUUAUAUUAACAGUACAACUUGGGUCUAUUUGAUAAAUCUGUGUGCCUUACGAUUUUAUUUACAACCCCAGUCUUCAAAAUUAAAAAUAAUGGUUUAGGAAAAGAGAGGAAGAAUUGGACAGUUUCAACAAUGCUAAUACAUUGAUGUUAUUUUGGUGUAAGACAAUGAUUUGUAAUGCCUUUUACUUUCUAGGGACCUGAUAAUCUAUCAGUUACGACAAGAGAUUGCACAACUAAAGCUGGCAUUAGAGCGUCAACAGAAAGAUGUGAGUAUUUCUGUAGCACUCCAUGACCAGGCACUUCAGGUUUCUUCAUAAUAAUGGUCGAAAAUUAAACUUUUGAUGUGUGCUUUUGUCUCUUUGGCUGGUUGAAGGUGAAUAGUACUUGCUAAUCACUUCUGAACUAGCCAAUUAGCUUAAGUAUGUAAAAAGCACUAUUCACUAUUCAGUCUGUAGUUGUUGUUGCUCUGAAUGGGAUCAGCUUAGGCAAAGCAGAAAGUGUUGGAUGCAAAAAGAUAGUUCAUUACACUUGGUUCAGAAUUAUGAUGCAGGGUUGAUUUCUCCUAAUGCCAAAGAUACUCAUCUGGGAUGAGGCAAGAUCUCUCUUCCUACCUAGGAAGCAGAUUAUCUGACUCAUUGUGAUCCUUGUGGUGAUCAGUUUGGAUCUUGUGAUUCCAUCAUUGUUAGUACUUUAUGGAUUUGCUAAUCAGUCAGGCUUGGGAUUGCACCAGACUGAGUUUGGUUUUAAUCUAAAACUCUGACAUCUUAGCAAAAAACCUGAGCAAAUGUAUCAUUUCUCCACAUUCAUGCAGCUGUUUUGAGAAAGGAUGUUGGAAAAAAGUGCAAAAGUGCACACGACAACCUCCUACGGUUCAUAUUGUAGGUAGCUUUCAGGUUGUGUUUCCUUGACCUCAGGAUUUCAGGGAAAUCUGCAAAAUACCACAGACAGUAAGGGCAAAUCAUAGUGAAUUUGAUGAAUUUACUCAAUUAUUUGACUAUUUAAACUCAUUGAUUACCACAUGGAGAUUACCUUUUUGAGAUAGUGCAUGCACUUUAAAUUUUUUGCUUUUUUUUUCAACAAUCUUUCUCAAAACAGCUGUACGUUGCUUGCACAAAAGUGCAGUUUAGACUGCUAUGGUAUGAUGUACCAUCCCUGGUCUUGCAUCACAUGGUCUGCAUUUUGGAGAGGAGUUUAGCUUGAUGCUCACCCUGCACUGUUUCCCUGUCAUUCCUGAUUAUCAUUAUCAUUAUCAUGAUAAUUAAAUCUUUUUGUACUUUGCUUGUCUCUAGGCAAAAGCACUUGAAGAUUCUCUACGCUCCCAGAUUGCAAGGGUAAAGGACAAAAAAUUAAAAUGAUUUUAUGUUGCAUUUGAAAAAAAAUUAAUUUCAAAUUAUUGAUUUGAUUAACAGCAUUAAAUAUUGCAAAAUAUUGAUUUUGAAUUUUUGUGUUUAGCUGACUGAAGAAUUAAAUGAGUACAAGACAAUUGCAGAGAAAGCUUGUGAGGUACUUAAAAUAGGUGGUUUAUUUUCAUUCUUUUGUUGUAAGUGUUGGCAUUUUUCUGGUGGUUGGGAUAAUGUUGAGACAUCAUUUCCUUUACAGGAGAAUGUUUCGUUAAAGAAAGACCUAGAAAGCAAAGAGGAUGACAAGAAAGGUGAGGUGGUUACUGACUCUGAGGGAGCAAUGGAUUGUUGUGAAUAAAUUAAGUUUGCAUUUUCUGAUGCUUUUACAGAGAAGUAAUUUCAAUUUCUUACUUGAAUAUUAAUGGUAAUUCCAAAUUGCAAACUUUUUUCAAUCCAUUGCAGAUCAGAAAGGUCCAGCAGAAGAGAAAUAUAACAAACUCAAAGGAAUUUACAGUAAACUGAGAGAGGAACACAUCCAGCUGUUGCGAACUGUAUGUCGAUGGAGAUUAAAAAAAAAAAAAAAAAAAAAAAAAAGGCUGAGUCCCCUAAAAGAACCAAACACCUACAAAAUUUGAUUUAAUACCACUUAACUACAGAGGACUUGUCAAUGAGUCAGGCCAUACACUAUGUUUGGACAUAUGAAGCACUCUUCAUACUGCAAUGAUCAGCAGUGUGGAAAGUAUUGCAUGUAAACUAGACUGCAAAAUUUCAAGUUCUUGGGUUUGAUUGAUUGUUGGGGACUCAGUGUUUUUCUUUAUGCCAUACACAUGACAAAAGGACUAUUGUUCCAUCUCCAACAACCCAGCUAAAAAGAUUACCAUAAUUUUUAAUAUAGUUGCAUAGAAAGUAUCUCUACACCACUUAUCCUGGUGGUAUGCAAGGUGGUUGUCACAGAUGGACCUACCCUGUAGUAAGGAUAGUAAGUUUCUAAAGAAACUGUGGUGCUGUGUCAGUGGGAGAGUGUAAUAGGGUAAUUAAGUUUUAACAACUGAGUUGAUAAUGUAAAUUAGCCACCUUGAAGAGUUACAGAGCUGAUGUUGCAAGUGUAAGCCCUUCGUCAAUCACUCUGAUGAAGGGCUAACACUUGAAAUGUAAGCUUUGUAACUCUUUAUGGUGGCCAAUUUAGUUGAUAAAACUAAAUUACCCUGCUAUGCUGUAGUUCAUGGCUAAGCUCAUUAAUGAGUCCUCCAUCACUCAACUGUGGGGCAUCUGGCUGAGGAAUCUGGGUGUCUUGGGAAUCAUUUUCAUGAGGGGAUCUUGGAUUUUUUUCUUUCAUCUCAUGUUCAGGACAAAGAAAAUGACCUCUUUCUUUAUUCAGUGAAAAAAACUUUUUUCAGUUUUGAAAAUGGAACAUUUUCUCAAGUAAUGACGAGGAACUUGUGCAACAAACAUUAAGUGUAACCUUCUAACCUCUAAGAGUGUUUGGCUUUUAAUUUCUCCUUACAUUAUCAUCCUUGAAUCAAAUAAUAUGUGCAACAAACAUUAAGUGUAACCUUCUAACCUCUAAGAGUGUUUGGCUUUUAAUUUCUCCUUACAUUAUCACCCUUGAAUCAAAUAUAAAAGGUCAUGAGAAUAAAGGAAAUGAUCACCAAUUCCAGAAGCUCCUGAUUAACAGCCAAAUUCUCCUUGUCAUUACCAUAGGAAAUGUAAAGAGAGGCUGGGGAGAAUACGAGUACCAAUAAGAGAGUGUGAAGAGUUAUUAAACAAAAGUUAUCUUAACAGUGAUGCAGUCACUUUAGAGAGAACCCUAAAUGGGUGUACAUUAUUCUGAAUCUAAGAACUGCAUUUUACUUUUGCAAAAUGUAUCAUCCAAUUUAAUGGGCUUUAAUGUUGUCUUAAAUUCACCCUACAACAGAUAUGUGAAUCAUUUUCUAAAAACACGUACCCACUGUCUUAACGUUGGUCAUUAUUUACUGUUAUUAUUUUGUCUUUCCACCAGAAUGCUGAAGUGAAGCAAAAAUUGAAUGCUUCAGAAAAGGACAAAGAGGUAUUAAAGAAAAUUAUGUAAUAGGCUGAAUUAUACAUGUGGGUUUGAUUGGUUCUUACCGAUGAUCUAUGGGAAGACAUACGCACAGAUGACGCCACCAUGCAGUGAAAACAUUUUGCUUUUUAUCUUUUUAAACAAAGAGAUUCCAUGUUGCCGUGGGUUUGUCCAGUAAUAGACAGUGACACACUCGGUUGAGCCUCGUGUGCUACUUUAUUGUUCCUACCACGUUUUGACUUCGUCUGUGAUCUGUUGCGGAACAGAAAAUGAAUCUAUUUGUUCAUUUGAUGUAUCAAAAUUUCCAGUAACGACCUAUAUUGCAUACAUAAUGAAUUAAUCACAAUGUUCAAGCUUUUCCCUCCAAGGUAUUUCACUGUUACUUGGUGGUUUAUUUGUUGAUUUACUUUUUACCCGUCUUGUUGUCAGGAAUUAAGUCAAGUAAAUGAAAAACUUCAACUGGAAGUAGAUGAUAAGGUACAAUUAUCCUUUGAACAUAAACAGUGAUAAUUAAAAUUCAUGAGCGAGUCGUAAUACUGCGCUUCUGAAAGAUCGCUUCCCAUUAUGUUAGCCUAGUGGUUAAAUUGUAAGGCGAGAUGAAGGAGUGAUAGUUUGAGGCGUGACCCGAUUGAUUUGUGUUCGGGGACGAAGCACUUAUGUCUUAUAGUUCCUGAUUAUCAAAGAACGUGAUUAACCCUUAGAUCCUAAAGAAUGACAAGCAUCUAAUUUCUCCUCACAAUAUCACCCCUGAAUCAAUCAUUGAGGUCACAAGAGUCAGUAAAGGAAAUGAUUAUUAGCUAAAGAAACUCUUAAUUGUUGGACAAAAUUCAAAUUCUCUUUGUGAAGACCCUAGGAAUUGCAUGUAGAACGGUAUAGAGAAUAUGCAUACUGAUGUUAGAGUAUAAAGGGUUAAGUGUCAGGCGGUUUCCACUGUGAUAUGACAAAUUUCUGGUCGGGAGAAGAGGACGGAAAUGGAGGGGAUUGGGGGCGGGGGUUGAACAACUGGGCUUCUUCGCGAUGUAGGUGAGCUGACACAUUAGUAAAGUUGCCGAUAUUUGUAAGAAAUGCACCAAGCCGUUCCCUGUGUUUGCUGUCGUUAUCUCAUAAAAGUGUACGUUCUUUGUGCAGUCCACAGAACUUUUACAAGUGUUUCAGAAAGCGGAAAUGGCUGAGCAGGAUGGGAAGGUAACUGAAACAUACUGAAUUGACAGUUUUAGAAAAACUUAGCAAGUCUGCACGUAGCUGGUGACCUGUAUAACUUUCUAGAGUGCGACCAAAGAUACCUGCCUACUUUUUAAGGCGUUGGCAAGAUUAUCCAGUUAGCGUUGGGAGGGAACAUCAUCACUGGCGCCUUACUUACAUUUUUGUUUGAGGAAUUGGAUAGGCUAGGUUGUUUUUUUACUAAAUAAAUUGAUACGUUUUUGUGACAAAGAGAGGGGUUUACAUGCAUCAUGCAACUCCUUUGAGGCACGCCCUUUUACAGUGUGGUAAAAUGGUAAUUUCACAAACGUUCUUCAGACACUUCACCAGUUUGUAGUCAAGCAAAGUGGCCCACCCAUCCAGGGGGAGCUCAUCCCGAUUUCUGAAGCGACUCGGAGUAUCACUACUCUCCCCUGGAUGGGAUGUCAGACUUCCCUGACUGAUGGCCGGUGCCCAUUUAUACCCCUGGUUGGAGAGAUGCCCUGUGAGAGUAGAGUUUUUUUUUGCCCUGGAACUUUCGCAGAAUUUCUCACUACGUUAGAAGGAAACUCUGCACACGCUGGUUCUACAGACUUGGACUGUAUACUUCAUAAUCCAACAUUACACGUUCUGUUUUACGACCUAACUCACUCCCAUCUUUUUUGAGUUACAAAAAUGCUGUUUUCUUAACUAGGGAUACACACACCCAGAUACGUAAGUCCGGAGUGGUAAGAUAAUUUAAGCUAACUUGACAAAGUUCCAGUUUUGUUUUACACAUUCUUCAAUGAUUCGUGGCCACUAAUUUCCUGUUACAUCGGCUUGCUCGACAAUCAUAGUGUUAAUCUAAGCAUGCGGUUUUACUAGCGACUAUUUGAUUAAAUACAUCAUUGUUUAAUUUGUGAAGGCUCGAUCACACGAUGCCGGUUAAUACUUCCUUUGACAUUCCACAAAUCAAUGUUAGCGACAAGAAAUAAUAGCUUACUUAAUCAACUACUAAAUAUACCGAAACAGGAAAACUUUCUUAUGAGCACGUGCAAACUUUUCACGACAAGAACACAACACAACAGGCUUUCUUUUAUGGAAGAGGAAGAAUUAGUAGAGGUAAUAACAUAAUUUCGAGUGCAACUUGGUGUCAAUAAGCACAAGUAAAUUUUUCAAAGACGACAAAAUUGCACGAGCCCUUAGGGCAAGUGCAAUUUGCAGUCUUUGAAAAUUUUACAAGUGCUUAUUACACCAAAUUACAAGAGAAAUUAUGUUAUUACUUGUUAAUAAUGUACAUGGAAAAACAUCGGAGGAAGUCAAGACAGACGAAAUUUUGAGAGCUUGCGCGCGCAAUUUGUAAUUUGCACACGUGUUACAACUUUGCACUCAUGUUACGUGAGAAUGCACCCGUUUUCAGCCAAUCAGAAGCGCGUUAUUUUUUCUUGUACUAUAUUAUUAAAGUAACACUUUGCAUCUGUUUUCAGAGAGCGGGUGAUGAGAUGGCAAGACUGACGAAAGAGCACGAUGAAAAGGUACAAUAAUAGAACUAGGAUUCUGUGUCGUGCUGUCCUUCUCUUGAUUUUACAAAUCACUUCACACAGUGAGUUGUUAAAAAUACUUACGUUUAGACUAAUCAAAUGCAAAGUGAGAACCGAUCGAGAAUAGCUUACUCUCGUUUUCUCGAUCAUAAGACAAACUAGGUUUUCCUCUGGGUUUUUAUUGACUUUGCGGUGUUUCCUUUGUUCUGAUUCCUUUGACUUGUCGCUAAAACUGAAAAAACCCAGAAAAACCCCUUAACUCCCAAGAUCCAUUUAAUUAUUCUCCCGACUGAUUGCCAUACGUUUCCAUAUAAAUAAGAUAACAGAAUUCAUUUUAAAUCAACGAAACACUCACUAGUUGACAAGCUUCUUUGUUCCUAUAACCUGUUUGUAAGAUAAUGUAUUGGAAUUGCGAUGAGAAGUUACAACUUGAUCACUUCUGGGAGUUAAGGGGUUAAGAGCAGAACUGGGGAUGAUUGUGACAAUAUAUUUAAGCUCAAUUAGCUUAUUUUCUCUCUUUGAAGAUGGCCACACUAAUGGCCGAGCUCCAGGCGUUAAGAAAAGAAAAAGGAGAAACAGAAGAAGCGAAGAAAAUUGCUGAUGAACAAAUAGAGGCCAUGAAAAAAGAUCACGAGGAAAAGGUAUUUUACCAUUUAAUUAAUCAUCUUUCUCUUUUGCUAAGCGAAAGGUGAGAGAUGGUAUCGCUGACUCCCGCAAUUGCUGUCACCUGAUAGAGCAAUUUUAAAUGGGGUGUUAGAAUGAAUCCGGGAUUGCAUCGGUUUUGCCUCACUUCAUUCCGUCAUUGGACCAGAAAACUCGUGCCACUUUCUCGACCAAUCUGGUGCAAAGCUAAAACCAAAUUAUGACUGGCUGUUGUAAUUGCCUAGGUUUUGGUUUCACGAGAAUCAGUUGUAAUGAACCCUAUCCUGCCUUUUUCGUCCCCUAGAUUGGAACACUUAGCAGCGAUUUAUCAAGUUUUCGGAAGAGCUGGACAGAUGAAGAGCUGGCAAAGAAAACUGCUGAGGAAACGAUUCAAAGAGAAAGACAGGAGCAUAAAGACAAGGUCGGUAUAUCCAAACCCCUUAUGCUUUGUGAUUCAUUGAGAAACUUAAGCGACAGAUCGUAACCAAGCAAUCAAGUUAUCUUUGGCUAUUCGUGAUAUAUGACGAAGGGCUAACGAACGUCAGCUUUUGUAAUUGCCUAGGUUUUGGUUUACACGAUCAAUCAACUCAGUUAAUACAACCCGUCUUUGCCCCAAUUUCCCGUCCCCGUAUGCCGCGCGCAAACAUUUUUCUUAGAAUUCUUACCAUUUGCGUUCUUCGGCAGAGUUCCUUUUGAAGAGCUUUAACAGAUGAAGACAAGGCAAAGAAAACUGCGAUGAGGUGUUUUCACGAUUCAAAGAUCAGCGCAAAAUUUGGCGGGCGCUAUCCCGACAGGUGCAUAAAGAAAAAAAAAACGGUAUAUCACUUUGAAAUCCCGGUUAAUUUUAUGCUUUGGCAUUAAAUUCUGAUACCUAAAUGUAAUGGAGAAAGGACGGUUUUAUCCCUGCUUCAUAAAGACUGGUGUUGCAAGAAGAAUAUGAAUUAGCGACGGUCGAAACCGAAGUAAAUUUCUUCGUUAUGCUCUGUUUUGCUUUUAUGGAAUCAGAGGCAACUUUAUCCACUUCUUAUUGUGAACGAAAUUUAAUUCCCACGGUGGUACCCGUACAGUUAGCCUGGUGUAGGCGUUCAGUUCGUAAAAAUAAUAAGCAACGCGAAAGUAGCGGAGGAGUUACAAAAGAGGGAUGUUUGGGUCGAGUCGCGCAAGGAACGACUGACUUAAAACCGCCCUGGUUUUUCGCGCAGCUGCUACUAUCGCUCUGUUUAGUAUUUCGCACGGAUUUUGCACAGGUUGUCAAUGAUUCGUCCAACGCCUGCAACAGGCUUUGGUGCAAUUUGCGUGGUGGACAGAACAGAGUCAAGUUAGGGAAUUUAUCGAAACCCGUUUGUGUCUUUCGCUUAUGCGCAUGGCUGUUAGCGUAAGGCAUGAAAUGAGGCAGUCGCACCAUUUUAUUACUGCAAAGAACUGUGUUUCUUUUUUAUGUCUUUCCUUUUGAAGAUUUCGACUCUUGCGGAAGAGAUAGAGGCUUUGAAGAAAGAAAAAGAUGAAACAGAUGAGGCCAGAAGAAUCGCCGAAGAACAAAUAGAAGCAAUGAUAAAAGAUCACGAGGAAAAGGUUAUUUCCCCUUCAGUGUUUACCUUUGGUUUGUCACAAAGUUAUGUUUUCCAAACACUGAAUAUUGGUUUGUGAUUUUGUAGGUUGCAACGCUUAGCCGAGAGCUUUCAGAUGUUCAAAAGAGUAGGACAGUUGAGGAGGAGGCGAAACGAACAGCUGAGGAAACUAUAGAGAAAGAAAGAAAGGGACAUGAAGAAAUGGUCAGUUUGAUUCCCACAAUUUAGUGUCGAACGUAAUCUUGUAUUAGUUUUGUUUUAGAGUAAUUUUCGUUUGAGUGUCGAAAGAAAUUUAGGAUUGCAUUGGUUUUACUUAAAUUUUGAUUUGUGAUUGGUCCAGAAAACUCACGUCACUCUCUCAACCAAUCGGUUACAAAACCAUUCGCGACUUGGUUGCCCGCGUUUUCCCGCGCUUUAGGCAGAGUGGUUGUUUUUAGGUGGAGUAGUUCCCAUUGGCUCCUAACGGUAUUUUCCCUCUUUCUGAUUGGCUGUUGUAAUUACUUUGGUUUUAGUUUUACGACACUCAAUCUAAAGGCGAUUGAUUCAACCUAACAGAUGCAACGCUAAAAGCAAUCAUACCCCUUGACCAUUUGUGUUUUCCCAUGCUUCGUCUUCGCUGGCUCCAAUUGAUGUUUCCCUCUGUUUUGAUCGACCGUUACACUUGGCACUGUUGUGACAGAGUUAGACUUACGUGACAUUAGCUGAUGACUUUUCUUUCCACAGGUAAAUGAGCUUGAAAGAAAAAGACUCGAAGAUAUCUCUAAAGAAAAGUACGACUUAGUAGGUGAGAAAAACCAAGACUGUCUUAAUUGAAAAAGGAAUCUUGUAAUGUAAGGGCGUGCUUGUUAUAAUGAGUUUCAGACCAUUCGGAACACUAUCAAAUAUUUCUUUACCAAGCUAGCUGUAAAUUCCAUCUCAGCUCUCUUAAGUCCUCUGAGCUCUCUAUGUUGUCUGUCUCCUCUUUAAAACCAAUUUUCUCCUUCUAGACAAAACGGAAUUCUUUUUUCACCCAAUUUUAGAAGUUCUCGCAUUACCUUUCUCAUGUAACCUGCAUUGGCGAAUUUAGACUCGAAGAAAACAGAGGGCUGGAAGGGAGCAGGAAUGAGGGGGGGGGGGGGCUUUUUUUGCAGUUUUAUCAGUUUCAGGCAGGAGUCGUGUCUGUUUACUGUUCUUUAAUUGAGGCCCUUCUGAGUAGAGUUAGUCAGAGUACACUAAUAUUAAUUGUAAAUAAGGAUAAAUAAAUAUAAAUCCCAGAUCCUUUGAUCUCAGACUUGUUUCAUACUAGUCUUCUUGAAUUUUAUUAGGAACGGCGAUAGAGUCAGCAGAAAGAACAAUCCAAGAUGCUUUAGAUCAGUUUCAAAAUCCGAAACACAGUUCUACGACUUGUACUGCAGGUACGAGCACCUUUUGGUGAAAUUAAUUUGGAGGGCAGUUAUAAAUAAGACUUCAAGUCAGUGUCCUUGUUUUGAUAUUUCCAUCGCCAUCUAAAAUUGAAGGAUAAAGUAUCGGUUCAUUGAUUUGCCAUUGCUUAGUUAUAUUUAUGUUUGUAUAUAUUUACUUUAACUUAGAUAUUUACAUAUUUAACUAUUUAUGUUUUGAAUGGUUUGUUUGUUGGUUGAUUGAUGGAUUGACUCACUGAUAUUGUGACUAAUGUAAAACCAGCGGUUUCCUGACUUAUAUUUCACUAAUGAUAUCCGCCGUUGUUUUCUGUGUUCUUUUCAGAUUACUUGCUAAGUAGAAUCGAGAGCCUUCCAGGAGUUGUUGACGAGCUUAAUUCGAAGUUUGCAUCUUAUAAAAAAGAUCACAAAGGUUAGAGACCAUGGAUGAACCAAACCAAAAAUCAGGAACAAAAUACGCUCGUUGAAUUUCUUCUCAGAAUGUUUAAAUCAUUCGGAUCAGUGUCUAACCCUCCCCUGACCCAACAGUCAACUGAUAACAAGGGUUAAUGUUGGGUUAGGGGAGGGGUAGGUAGAUACUAGCAUUGAUCCAAUCAUUCCAAGAGAGAAAGGAACGAUGAUUGUUUGAUCUUUUCUUUAAGAGUUUCUCUCCUUUUGCAGAUGCCAUUCCCUGUAUAUGCUGUCUUGGUUCGUUCUCACAUCAGCUCAGUGAUUGUAUCUUAAAUGCCAAGGCUACCUCCCACAUGGCACCUACUCAAGAAGCUGAAGGUGGGAACUUAAGGAGACUCCGCCAUUUUUGGCAUCGGUGGGACUAUUAAAAUCAAUAGUCGUGCUCAUAAAACUGGGGUGAUAGCCCAUCAAUCGGCCGGUGAUUAACUGCAUAACUCGGUAAUUUAGUAUUAUGAAGAGAGUUGAUAACGUAAAUUGGCCACCGUAAAGAGUUUCAAAGCUGACGUUUAGAGGAAAGGGCUGACGCUCGAAACAUCAGCUUUUAAACACUUUACGGUGGCCAAUUUACGUUAUCAACUCAGUUGAUAAUACUAACUUACCCUGUUAUACUCUCCCACCAACGCAGCACAACAGUUUCUUUAGAAACUUACCCCCUUUAUUCGAUUGACUGCAUAGUUAGUCGUAACACGAGGACUGCCCUCUAACUAAAUACAUGAAGCCAAGAACAGUUAUCUCAAAGAGAAGUCACCCAGGCUAGCCGUAAAUUAUAGUUAAUUGCUGUUGUUUCUUUUAGAUCUUCGGUCACUCGGCGAAUCUGCUGGUAAAGCUUCUCUCGAACUGUUGCAACUCUACAAACAAAGUGAUCCGGGUGAGCUUCUUAGUUAUAGUCCAUGCUACCCUUUCAUGGCCUUUGUUUUGUUAUCAAGAAGUUGCCUCCUUUUUGAUCUUAGGCUUGCCUAGUUUGGUCUCCUACAGCUCAAUACAUGUGUCGCAAAUUAUUCAGGACAGUUUGGUUUUUCCUUUCUACGCCUUCUAAUUGAUAAAAAAAACUCACGCCGCUCCCUAAACCAAUUAGAUCAAAAAGGAAAAAGCGUUUACGACCCUGUCACUCGCCUUUUUUUUACGUUCAAGGCAGUUUGCCGUGUUACUUACACUGAGUUGGUUUGUCAUUAGCUACUUUUGUUACUCUCCUAUUUUUCUGAUCGUCCAUUUGAUAACUUUGUUUUGAAAUUCAAUCAAAAAGCGACUUGAGCCGCAGUAUUCUGGCCAGCUACGAGUUGGAACGUGCGAGAAGAGAAGAUGAAGGCAGGUUUUUGAUGAAUUUUAUCGUCAUUGCAGAUCCAAAUGUUCUUGCCGACAAGCUGAAUGCCGUAAAAAAAUACAUCUCAGAUAUUACCAAAGUUGCUGAGGUAAGUUCACCAGAGGAUAAUGGAAUGCGGUCAUCAAUUGUGUGUGUGUUUUUUUAGUCAACUUAAUAUUUUUAGGAGCCAGACAUCAAAACAUUGAACCCAAAACCCUUUUCAUGCCGAAUUGCUGUCCUGAGGUAACUUUUUACAGGAAAUCAACGGUUCAAUUUAAAUCUGUUACCCAACUGACAGGCUCAACCGAUUGUGUCAACAGGCUCUCGCCCCCAAAGAAAAAGACAGUGUUGAUAGUAUAGGUGGAGGAGUAGACGAUGAAAUCAAUGCUACUGCAGAAGUAAGAUGAUCUCGUUUUGUUUGUUUCUGACUUUGUUUUUAAUUUCUUUAUCUUCGUCUCCUCCCCCCCCCUAAGGGCUUAGGAAAGCCGGGGGGGGGGCUACCCCUAGGAUGCCGGAGACUUCCCAUCUUGAUCAAGUUAAUUAUAGAGUUGUUCUGUUUGUUUUUCACUUUGUUUUUAUCAACAUUAUCCCACCGGUUAUGUGAGCAUUUUCUUCAAUCAGGGCCCUUGAUAAGAAGCGUUUCAAAAUUAAGAUUUAACUGUGGUCGAUCUUACUGAUUAAUUCCGUUGGUACCUGGCAUGGUAAAGUUCUAAAGUAAUAGUCGUGAAUAACAGUUAGUGAAUGGAAUACUUGUAUUAAAGGAAUCAAAUAUUUGACCUCGUUAUUGUGUUUUGUUUAGCUUGUCGCAGAUUCAGCGGCCAGGAUUCAGGUGAUAAUUCCCGUUCUUUCUCAGUCAUGUUUAUCGUACUGAUGAUUAACUUCUUUACACUUUGGUUAAAAAUAAUAAUGCACGCCACACCACGCACUACACGCGCACGUGCACAUACGCAUACCGCGCACUCGCUCAGGCACAUACACAUAGACAUGCUUACGCACUGGCACACGCACGCAUGUGCACGCACACGCACAUUCCUGUUGGUCGUUCGCUUGGAUAUAUAAUCAAAAGUAUUUGAUUCGAACUUGCUACUGGAUCCUUGGAUCUCUUGAGGUUCUCGACUCCUUGUUUUCACUCAUGUCCAGUUUAAAACAACUCUUUCUUUGAGAGACUUUACAGAAUACAGUGUAACUUCACUUCAAACUUUUAUGUUUGCUCAUACAUUUUUUUAAAACUUGUCUGGGCUGACUCAUCAUUUUUACGAUCUCAGGAAAUGAUCAAUCAAACAAGGGAGAAAUACAGUGGUGUACAACUUGAAGUGAACGGAAGGUGAGAAAGCUACUAACUUAGACAUUGUUUUCUUCGUUUUGGCUUUUUUUUACAUUUUUCCCCUUGUCGGCGGAAUGUAUCAGGUUUUUAAAAUGCAAGAAGGCGAUAAGACCUUGAAAUCCGUAGCAUUGGUCAUUCUGAUUUACCCUGUCUUUGCUUAUACACAGAAUUUUAGAUUCCUGCACGGCACUGAUGGAGGUAAGUUUGCCUUGAGGGAGAGAGAGAGAGAGAGAGUUACAAUUCACAAUUGGCUUAGAUCCCUAUUGCAUUCGAAUUCGAAACGCAGAGUGAGAAUCGGGAGAGGGAAGCUCCGGUAAGACAAGUCCACCCUCAAUUUGUCUGAGGUGAGGUGGGUGGGGGGAGGAGAAGGAAGGUAGAAUAAACUGGCCAUUGCAAUCUCUUAGUGCGAGAAACCGUGAGAUAGGAAACGUCGAAAAAGCCUAUCUGUUUGCUUAAAGUCGAACUCAGACCCGCAAUGUAGAUGUAAGGACUUUUUUUCGUUCUUGUUUGCUUUGAGAAAUCAAAUCCCUAAGGAGCUUUCUUACAAAAACAAAAUAAAUAUAAUAUAUAUAUGAAAUUAGAGUAGAAGAACUGUUAAAAAUUGUGCAUCUCCUUUACCUCAUAGGAAAGUAGUGAACACAUUCUUUCAGACGAAAGAAUGUCAUUGAAAUUGUCUAUCUCUAUAUAAACUGUUUUUUUAAUUGAGGCACUGAUAGUAUUAUACUUUUACUUGUAACUAAUGAGCCAAAUUUGUGUGCGCUUCUUUUAAGGCAAUCAAGAAAUUGAUAAUGAAGUCUAAAGUAUUGCAAAAGGAGAUUGUCGACGAGGGCAAGGUAUUUAAUAAAAUGAAAUUUAAAUAAUUUGUUCAGUUUCAAGUAGUGUUUUUUGAGAUAUUUCAAGUCAAGUCAUAUUAGUUACGGUUUGACAACAUUAAAUCUACCACUAUACGAUGAAUGUUUAACGCACUAUAAUAAUAAAACAGUUGUGAAUAUAAAAAAAUACAUUUCGAUACGCCGACACAAGCUUCGAAUGAAUUCCCUUUUGUAGAAUACGUAGUAUAUCUGAUUUAGCCUUUAAGCAUAUCUUUGAUUCAAAGACCGCUUGCCGUAGGGAAGUUUUCGUGUAUACUUUAAAUACUCAAAUAGCCUGAUCAAAGACACUUGCUUCUCAGGGUCAAGCAACAGCUAAAGAGUUUUACAAGCGUCACCACCGCUGGACGGAGGGGCUUAUCUCCGCCGCGAAAGCUGUUGGUUGGGGAGCCAAAGUGCUUGUGUAAGUGCUUAACCCUUUACACCCUAACAUCAGUAUGCAUAUUCUCCUUACUGUUCUGCAUACAUUUCCAAAGAGGCUGACUAAGAGAAUAUGUGUAACAGUCAAGAGUUGAUCAUCCACAAUAUUCUCAUAACUUUCGUGUUUGUUUCAGGGGUGAUAUAGUAAGGAGAAAUUAGAUGCUAGUGACUCUUAGGGGCUAAAGGGUUGAAUUCCAAGCUAAAGGGAGCGUGCUGUAUUACCGAAUAUAGUUAGUUCUUACGGGUGUAUUGGUUUGGAACAAGUCUACUAGCACCUUUAAAAUGUUUUGGAAAGACCGCUGGUCUGGAUUGUAUCGAUUGGUGCGCAAGUCUUGUUAACUUACGAUGUUCGACCAGAUGUUAUGCUGAGAUCCGAGUUGGUGAUUUUAUGCUCUAAAUUCAAACAUUCACUUGUUCAUGGUGUCGCCUUGUUAUUUGUGAUAACCUUAACAGUCUUGUAAAUUACUUUUUGAGGAAGCCAACUCAUGAGAAAUGAUGAUAUAUCAUGGUGAAAUGCGACAAGGUUUUCCAUUUUAAAAUUAAUUUCCUAACUCUUUUUUAUGUAUAGUAUAAUUCCAGGGUUUUCAAUAGCAAAACCAUCGUAGUACAUGAGCAACUGUAGCGUGGCUUACCCUUUUUUUGUUUCCACAGUGACUCCGCUGACAAAGUUGUUCAGGGGGGAGGCAAGUUUGAGGAAAUAGUUGUAGCAUCCAAUGAAAUUACAGCAAGUACAGUGCAGCUGGUAAGCGAUGGAUAUUGUUUUCUUUUUUGGUAUUAUUUAUAUUAUUUCUUUUUGGACACUUCAUACCUCAGAGGGAAACAUUCAGCAUAAAGUCUGCUUCAUAUUACUAUGUAAAAAGUAGCGAACGGUAUAUGCUCCUUACAAUAUCAGGUCAAUAUCAAGCAGACAAGUGACGAGAGUAAAAAAAAAUAUCAAUAAGGGGAUUAUGAGUUGAUCCAACAACAGAUUUUCCAAAAUAAUAUCAUAAGAACUGUAUGGCAGACAGUAAGGAAAAUUACUAAUGAGAUCUUGGGAGUUAAAGGUUUAAGCAUCGUCACAAAGUGAUCACAAGUUCCCCAAGCAACUUUCAAGACUGCAGAUGACCAUCCAUGCUUUAAAACGCCCCCCCUCCCCUGCCUUUGUUUCAGGAAUAAACAGUUAAUGAUAAAUAAUUUUUCAUUUGAUGUUCAGGUGGCUGCUUCGAGAGUAAAGGCUCGACAAGCCAGUACAGGUUUAGCUGCUCUGCAAGGGGCCUCCAAAAAUGGUAUGUUGAUUAUGUUAACGCACACUGGAACAAGGAUUGCCUCCGGCACCUUUAUCGAGAGGGUGUCACCUUUCGCAUGGAUAGGCCAAUCUGGCAUCAUACUUCCAUGAAUACCAUAGGAACAUUUUACAAAAAUUAUGUUACUUUUGUGUUAGGAAAUAAAGCUGUCUUCAUGUUGGCAAAAAUUAAAGUUCCUACGACACGAAACUUUUUUGCGUAUUUAUUUAGCUUAUCACACGUAAAAACCAAUUCCGAUGGAAGAAAAAUUUCAAAAAUAUUAAAACUCGUUUUUUUUGGGCCCUAAAGUGCACUUAUUUUGUCUUAAAGGUGUCCCGCAGACUGGUAACGAGUUAGCGGGUGAUGACGUAGAAAACUGUGAAAAGUCUCAUUUGACUCUGACAAAUCUUUCACGUGUCUUGUAAUUUUGUAGUAGUCAGCGUUGAAAUACUCUUGAAAUAAUUGUUGUGUCAUAGAACUUUUAAAUCGACUUCUCUUGCGUCAGUUGUUAUGUCUUUUUAGUCUUUUUUGUAUUAUUACUCAGAGGCUUUGUCUAAAACUGUUGUUUUAUAUGUUUCAGUGGUUGAGUCAGCGGCUGGUGUGGUGGCAUCUGCUAAAACAGGAGCUGAAAUGAUAGAAGACAGUAGUAAGCAUAUAGAAAUCUUGUAACAGAUUACAUUUCCUUUAAACGUAGAUUUUAAUCCCAGAUUUUUCUGGUUUUUCCUCUCUGCGUUCUGCUGCACCCAGCCUGUGAGUGUAACUGCGAGUAGGCUUUCAUUGACGCGUGCGCAUGGCCUGCGCCUCACCCUCCAAGCCAAUCAGAUCGUGACUUGUUACUCUUGUUUUGCCGCACGUCAGACGGUAGCUUGGUUCUAUUUGAGUUCUCCUAAGCUCCUCGUUAUAUUUUCAUUUUUUUUUUUCCUGAUUGCUUCUUUUAAUUCCAUUGGUUUUGGUUUUGCGACGCUCCACAAAGUAGACUUUACGCAUACCGUUAGUGGUCAUCCGUGAAUUAGAGUCUAGAUAUUAACGAUACAAAUUGGCGACGAGCACUACUGUGUUAGGAAAACCCAGUCAUCAAGCCAUGAAUUGUUUUGAAGCUGAUUUUUUUGCGAUCAUUUACCCUGUAACAGCCAUGAGUGACCAAGACAGAAAUUCUCCUCACAACAUUAAUACAAUAUCAAGCAGACGAGUGAUGAGAAUAAAGGAAAAUAUCAAUAAGGGGAUUAUUAGUCAAUCCAAUACCAAAUUCUCCUAACGAAUAGGAUAAGAAUUGUAUAACAGACAGUAAAGAGAAUUACUAAUGUGAUCCAGGAGUUGAAUUUAGAGCUAAUAGACAAAAAUCAAUCAGUUGGUAGGGGAAAGAUUCUAACCCAGAGCGUAGGGGUUAACCCUUUACACCCUAACAUCAGUAUGCAUAUUCUCCAUACUGCUCUCUAUAAUUUCCUGAAGCGCUGACAAUGAGAAUUUAUUUAAAAAUCAAGAGCUUUAUAAGUUCGUGAUCAUUUCCUUGAUUCGCGUGACCUUAAUGUUGAAUUUAGGGGUGUUAUUGUAAGGAGAAAUAAGAGGCAGGUCACUCUUGGGGGUUAAAUGGUUAAAAGUGUAGUAUGAUAUUUCUAAACCAUUCCUACUCCUCUACUUGUCAGUAACACACAACCAGUAAAAAAGUUUUAUAUGUUAAUUCCAUUUUCUUGAUUUAUUUGCGUAGAAGCCGUACCAGAUUACACCAAGCUAAGUCUCACCCAGGCUAAGAGAUUUGAAAUGGAGUCACAGGUAUCUACAUCCGUCAAGAGAAUGUAGUAAUAAUGAUAUAAUCUCUUGCAUCCAUCUGUUUUGAGUUAAUCAUUACUGUUAUAUGCAAAUCCCGUGUUUUUCAAGAGCUACGGAACGGCCCGUUUAUGUUUAAAAGCCUAGGCUGUAUCUCUCUUGUACGCCAUGAGCAAUCUGUUUUAAUCUCUCUCAUCUCAGCCAUCUUUAUUUAUGAUUUUUGCCUGUUCCUAGUUCGGUCAGUAAAACGAAGUGUGAAAUUAAACAACACAUUAGCAGCGGAAGAAUGAAAAAACGAGGGAGGCUUGGGUCGAGUUGCGUAAUGUAGGAGACUCGAACCAAGCCUCUCUCUGUCGCAACCACUGCGCCGUUUACCAUUCUGUUUUACUGACUAAAUCCUAGAACAAGAUAUCAUGUUUUGUUCAUUCCUUCGUUGUUGGUAUCUGUUUUGCUGCCAAUUUAUUAUCUUAAGGAUACACAUCUGAUGGGACAAUUCUCAAGUAACUUGUCAGAAUAACCCAGCAUUAACUUCGCUAUGUGAUUGGUCCAUACAACUAGCUCCACCCUUUCAGCCAAUCACGUUUAAAAUACAAACUAAUCGCGACUCACUCCAUAAUUGGCAUUUGCCUGUAUUUUCUUUGAGCUCUUAUUUGCUCUUCGUGAUAUUUUUCCUUUUGUUCUGAUUCGCUGUCGUGACCAGUUUGGUUUUGAGUUAGCAAUCCUUAUUCCAAAACUCUCCCCAAAGUGUUGCACGUGUGGCAAACUCCAUUUACCCACCUUACGAAAAAUUGGAACGAGCUGACCACCUUUCAAACUGUAGACAACAUUGGGAAAAGAGGCCUUGAAUCUCUUUACCAGUUCGGUUUUAACAUUCCACAGUAACAUCAGCUCGAACAAAGGCGGUAGUAGUGAAUGUAUUACCCCCUUCCCUCGCCCCCCUGCGCCCAUUUGAAGCUAUAAGACGCCACAGAAACUGUUAACAGAGGCAGGUACUAUUAAACCUUCCAGGGCGGAUUUUCGUUCUUUUAUCCCUGUUUUAAGUCAGAUGAUGACUUCCGCUCAGGUUUUCGCAACGUUAGUCACCAUUACCGACAACAGUCUUUCUCAUGACUACACUCACCCCGACGAUCAGACUACACUAUCACUAGAGCUUUGUGUCAGUUACUUCACAAGUUUGCUUCUCUUCUAGGUUCGGGUUCUAGAGCUUGAAAGCCAGCUGACUAAAGAACGUCAAAAACUAGGAGAACUGAGGAAAGCACAUUAUCAACUGGCUGCUGUCGAGGAGGGCCUGGACCCCGAGUAAUAAGGUAAGAACGUCCAAUUCUGUAUGUUCCUCAUAUAACACGCGCAGUGUGUAUAAUCUCACUAACAUCUAAUUUUUUUUACUCCAGGACGAAGCAAGGUCGUCUGCAAGAGGGAUCCAGUCAUCUCGAAUCAUAGGCACCAUGCGAAAGAAGAGAAAAAGUGGAAUAAAAACAAGCAAGUUAAAAUGAAAUAAGCUUGGCACUUGAAUUGGGAAUGAACCUUUGUCUACUUGCACUACAUCCUUCGCUGGCAAAUGGUGUACGGCGUAACCUUUGAUUGGUCACGCAAUCUUUGGAAAGAUUGCGUAACAAAUGCUAACUGGAUUGACUCUUGCUGACGUUGGUGUUUUAGGAGGUUUUAUUUUUACAGUGGGGGGUAUAUCUAAAGUGAAUGUAGCUUCGCGUAAGAUGCUGAUGACAAGAUAUUUUUUAAACUCAGUCAUAUUGUGAUUAUAAGUGUAAGUUUUAAAAGAAGCAUAUCUACCUCAGAUCAUGCUAAUAUACUAACUCAGUAGCACAAUGAAUCGCAAGUAUCGAAUAAAAAGGCAUUUUUCCUGUAUUUCUAGUAUCGCUAGCGAAAUUCUGUCAGUAGCUCGACUUUAUUUUCACCUCUGUACUUCGGUCAUAUAUAGUUCUUUCUCAAAUGCAUUUAACUUAGGUAAAUUUUUCACACUUAGAGGUCCCAGCCAGAGAUCAUGAUCUCUUGGUCUCUGCUAAUACGUUACCAUCAUGCGUCAGAAAAUUCUGUUAAACCCCUACUUUUAAGACACUUUUUAGCAAAUUUGCGUUCGUUCUGGUUAUCAAGAUUAUGAAAAUACAGUUUAAACUGAAAACGCAAGGAAAUAAUAUACAAAAUGUUCACAAUAUAACAAUUAAAGUGUUGACUGUCUAUGCAU